CCACGUGUAUAUUGACCUCCACUCUUGAGUCUUUUGAGUCUCGGCUAGGCUUCUCUCUGAGAGUACAUGCGUGCGCGUAAUUGGGAAGAGUUGGGAUAAACAUUAUGGGGACGAGAGAGGUGUACGAAGAGAAGCUAAGGAGCGGCAAUCUCUACCACGACCCUACCAUCAACCCCGGCCUUGGCUCGCCUCGCUGCCCUCGCUGUCUCUCCCUCGUAAUCCCUAAUUCCGUAAAGGGUGAAUGGACCAUCACUUCAGUCCUACACGACGCCACUGCUGUGGCUGGAACAGGUAUUGGUGCGAUGCUUAGUGCAGUUCAUGGUUUCAAUACAGGUAUCCCAUACCUUCAAAAUCGUGUGAAGGGACCAAAGUGGCUUCCUUUUCUAGUUGGGCUUCCUCCGCUGCUACUCUUUUCUGGCGCCAGUGCUGCAUUUGGAGGUUAUGCGCUUCCAAAGUUUACUCAACUCACAGUGACAUCCUAUUAUGCCGCCUCAAGUGCCUCUCAUUAUGGGGUAUCACUUCUCACCCGUCAUAUUGAAGAGGCCAAUGCUACCCAGACUCGGCAAGAAAGGCUUCGAUGAUUUCUUGCAGGUGCACAUAUUAAGAAGUCUGCUUUAUCCAAUUUUGUAAGCAAUAAUAUGUUUGUGGUUAUACAUGCAUGAACUCGUAGAUGGUGAACGUUGUUCUUUUCUUGUUUGACUCUUUAUUUUUACCUUCUUUUUUUUUUUUUUCAUAAAGUAUUGCUUGGCUUUGGUGGAAUCCAUGUUAGAAUAAAAAUGAUGAUAAUUUUAUCAAGAUGAUUUUAUAAACUUUAACUUACAAUUGGUUGAA